GGGCGGGGUGGGCGCCCUCUGGUCCUCCCGCAACCGGCGUUCUGCACGCUUCAAAAGCGCACGUCCGCCGCAGUGAUCUCCUCUUCCUCAGGACCGAGCCUCUUGAUCCUACCGCGUUGCCAAAAUGUCGCUUUCUAACAAGCUGACUUUGGACAAACUGGACGUGAAGGGAAAGCGGGUCGUGAUGAGGGUGGAUUUCAAUGUUCCUAUGAAGAACAACCAGAUAACAAAUAACCAAAGGAUCAAGGCUGCUGUCCCAAGCAUCAAAUUCUGCUUGGACAAUGGAGCCAAGUCAAUUGUCCUUAUGAGCCACUUGGGCCGACCUGAUGGUGUUCCCAUGCCUGACAAGUACUCCUUAGAGCCAGUUGCGGCAGAACUCAAGUCUCUGCUGGGCAAGGAUGUUCUCUUCUUAAAGGAUUGUGUGGGCCCAGAAGUCGAGAAUGCCUGUGCCAACCCAGCAGCUGGCACUGUCAUCCUGCUGGAGAACCUCCGCUUUCAUGUGGAGGAAGAAGGGAAGGGAAAGGAUGCUUCUGGGAACAAGAUUAAAGCUGAACCAGCCAAAAUUGAUGCUUUCCGAGCCUCACUGUCCAAACUUGGGGAUGUCUAUGUCAAUGAUGCUUUUGGUACUGCACACCGAGCCCACAGCUCCAUGGUGGGUGUGAAUCUGCCACAGAAGGCUGGUGGAUUUUUGAUGAAGAAGGAGCUGAACUACUUUGCCAAAGCUUUGGAGAGUCCUGAACGACCCUUCCUGGCAAUAUUGGGAGGAGCUAAAGUUGCAGACAAGAUCCAGCUGAUCAAUAAUAUGUUGGACAAAGUCAAUGAGAUGAUCAUUGGUGGUGGAAUGGCUUUUACCUUCCUUAAGGUGCUCAACAACAUGGAGAUUGGAACUUCUCUGUAUGAUGAAGAAGGAGCCAAGAUUGUCAAAGAUCUCAUGGCUAAAGCUGAGAAAAAUGGUGUGAAGAUUACCUUGCCCGUUGACUUUGUCACUGCUGACAAAUUUGAUGAGAAUGCCAAGACUGGCCAAGCUACUGUGGCCUCUGGUAUACCUGCUGGCUGGAUGGGCCUGGACUGUGGUCCUGAGAGCAGCAAGAAAUAUGCUGAGGCUGUGGCUCGAGCCAAGCAGAUUGUUUGGAAUGGACCUGUUGGGGUC